CCGCCUCGCGCCCCGCCCCUACCUCCUCCAGGCCCCGCCCGCCUCCUCGCAGGUCCCUCCCAGGCCUGGCUUCUGUCCCCAGAGAGCAGAUGAGCGCAAACCCGGAAGCGGGUCGCGUGGAGUGACGGUCCCACCGCGGGGAUAUCUCUUCCAAAUGCAUGAUGAAGGUGUUCUCAUCCGCAGCACAAGGCAAUAGAGAAGUGAUCCACACAGGGACAUUGCAAAGACAUGAAAGUCAUCACAUUAGAGAUUUUUGCUUCCAGGAAAUUGAGAAAGAUAUUCAUAACUUUGAGUUUCAGUGGCAAGAAGAUGAAAGAAAUGGUCACGAAGCACCCAUGACAGAAAUCAAAGAGUUGACUGGUAGUACAGACCAAUAUGAUCAAAGGCAUGCUGGAAACAAGCUUAUUAAAGGUCAGCUUGGAUCAAGCUCUCACUCGCAUCUGCCUGAACACAUAUUUCAGCCCGAAUGGAAAAUUGCUAAUCAAGUUGAGAAGUCUAUCAUCAAUGCCUCCUUAAUUUUGACAUCCCAAAGAAUUUCUUGUAGUCCCAAAACCCAUAUUUUUAAUAACUAUGGGAAUAAUUCCCUCCAUUCUUCAUUACUCACACAAAAAAUGGGAAGUACACAUGAGAGAAAAAUCUUUCCAAUCUAAUGAGAGUGGCAAAUCCUUUAAUUAUAGCCAACUCUUAAGGAAACAUCAGAUAAUCCAUUUAGGAUAGAAACAAUAUAAAUGUGAUGUAUGUGACAAGGUCUUUAAUCAGAAUUGAUUCCUUGUAUGCCAUAGUGGAUGUCACACUGGUGAGAAACCUUACAAUUGUUAUGAGUGUGGCGAGACCUUCAGUCAGACCUCAUCCUUUACACGCUAUCGUAGACUUCAUGCUGGAGGGAAACCUUACAAGUGUAGUGAGCAUAACAAGACCUUUGGUUGAAAUUCAGCCCUUGUAAUUCAUAAGGCAAUUCAUACUGGAGAGAAUCCUUGCAAGUGUAAUGAAUGUGGCAAGGUUUUUAAUCAGAAAGCACACCUUGCACGUCAUCAUAGACUUCAUACUGGAGAGAAACCUUACAAACGUGAAGAAUGUGAAAAAGUUUUCAGUCGCAAAUCACACCUUGAAAGACAAAAGAAAAACUUAAACAAGGUGGCGUUGCCCUUGUUUUUGAGAAUGCCCUACUGUGUAAGUGGUAGCGUUCUUUCUUUUUUUUUUUUUUUAAGACAGAGUCUCACCUGAGCGAGCCUCUGCACUGGCCGUAUUUAUUACUGUUAUUAAUUUUUUUGUUUUGAGACGGAGUUUCACUCUUGUUGCCCAGGCUGGAGUGCAAUGGUGCAAUCUUGGCUCACUGCAACCUCUGUCUGUUGAGCUCAAGCGAUUCUCCUGCCUCAGCCUCCCAAGUAGCUGGGACUACAGGUGCAUGCCACCACGCCUGGUUAAUUGUUGUAUUUAUAGUGGAGAUGGGGUUUCUCCAUAUUGGUCAGGCUGGUCUUGAACCCUUGACCUCAGGUCAUCCACCCACCUCGGCUUUCCAAAACGCUGGAUUUACAGGCUUGAGCCACCGCGUCUGGCCUGAAGUGGUAUUUUUUAGAAAGUAACUAAACCUUUUUUCAGUUUAAUGACCCAGGGAUGUAUUUCUGAAGGACUUGGGAGCGAUCCUUUUAAGGCAAACAAGGGAGAUAGUACCUAUAUCUUAGUAGGAAAUUAAAUAAUUCAAACAUCAAA